CAGACAAUACAAGAUGGCGUCUUGUUUAAGAUUCUUUCGUCUUGGCUUUGCAGGUAAUGUUUUUCUUCGUUUCUAUAAUCGGACAAAACGUGAUCAAAUUAGUGUUAAUAAGCUAAGUUUGAGGCAUCGCUAUUGUGGUUUUGUGUUUCAGUUUUUGUGAGGCCUUUGGUGGUUAAUUCAAACUGCUGUGGGCGGCACUGGAGUACACAUUCUGCUCUUCAAGCUGGCCAAAAAAUAAGAUUGGGGUACGUGCUAAGUUUUAGAGUGUGUAUUUUUAAAACUUGAAGUCUCUAAAAUGAUUUUUAAUUGACCCACCAUAUGGUAAUAAAAGGCGAUCGAUCAAAUGCAUAUCCGCAAAAAGAGACGUGGGGUGGUAUCCGGUCACUUCACCGCCAAACCGUCUCGCCACCAUCCUCGGAGACCCAGGGGCAGUCAGUCGGGUCGGGAGAAAGCUAAGGGCGCGACGAAAGUUUUCAAGUAAGGGCGAAAGAGCCCCUGGGUACCGACUCUCACCAAACUAUUUCCAAAAAUUCAAGCGGAUGCCGGCUCCUGAUUGGGCACAAAAAAUGCUUUGUAUUAUUGUGCCCAAUCGGCGAACAGUUUCUCCUGAGUUCUUUUCGUGAGUUCGUACACGACGGUUAUUGUUUCGAUCAUGGAUUGUCUGGCUCAUGCACCAAAGAAAUGCACGCAGUCAGGAAACUUUCAGUUUGAUAUAAAAUCCCCAUCUGAUUAUCAUAUUUAAAACAAAAAUCACUGGUGGUUGUGAAACUUGUCUGCCUUUUUUUUUAAUCUGUCAAAUGUCAAAGUUUACAUUUCCCGACCCUAUUAUCAGUAUUUAGAGUAUUACUACACUUUUAAAAACACGUGAACUCUGAAGUUCAAAAGCAGCUAUCACAAAUGCGUUUUUAGCUGCCGUCAAUCAUAAUUAUGAUCAUAAGCAAUGAACCUUGAAACAGGGAAACACACUAAAUGGAUCAAAAUCUGCCAUUCACAAAUCACUAACCAUGAUCGCUCAUUUGAACUCGUUGGAGUAAACUUCUGUUUCGUAAGAGGUCUGCUAAGAGGAUUAACAGCAGUGAAAAAAGCAAACAUCAGUUGGCUUUUGAACUUCAGAAUUCACGUGCUUAUGAAAAGAGCAGUAAGAGCAUCAGUAGUUGGACACAAGAAUCGUCAAUAUUUUAUUAGGAUCAAUAGAUUUGUAUUUGGGUUCACUUCAAAUUUGAAUAAGCUUAAAGAAAAAGUAAAAUGUAGGUAACCAAUACUAGGUAUUAAAUGGUGUCAAUUGCUUCAGAGUUAUUCAUAGGUGGUAAGCUGACUUCUUGGUGGCAAUUUUGUUGUUGGCGAGAUGGUUUGGUGAUGAGAUGACCAUAAACUGUGAGGGACAGCAUGUUAUGGUCAUCUUGCCACCAAAUUAAACCAUCUCGCCACCAACAAAAUCUCCACCAAGAAGUCUACUCGCCAUCAUAUACAGCUAUUUCGAGAAAGGUUGUCACAAAAACUGUGCACGCAAUAAUUCCGAAAGGUAAUAUGGGAUAUAAUUGAUACACUUGUUCUUGAAACUGUAGCUGUCGAACCUACUUUUGUUGCUUUCCUUUAGCCCUCGCAAACAUACAUCCAUGGCCUCUCGUGCCAUUCUUUGAAAUUUCUUUGAAAACCAGUGAACCAAAAACCACCCACAAUACCUUUCGAGAUUGUCACGUGCACUUUUUCCGACAACCUUUCUCGAAACAGCUGUAUAACUCUGAAGUACAGGUAAUUUGACACUGUUUUCUCACCCAGAAUUGUUACUUCUUCCUUAAGCCCAAAUACAAGUUUUUUGAUUAAUUACGAUUUUUUAUACCGUAAUAGGGCUUAGCCUUUCUCAUGAAAGUAGAGUAAUAUUAGAGCUUGAACCGUACCUUCUUAUAUUUCAUUGCAAAUUUAAUGCGGAGGAUUUUUUGUUUAGAGACUAUUCUUUUCGAUAAGCAUUAAGAUUAUUAUAUAGUUCUUGGUGGUGAGAACGUUUGUUGGCAAGGUGACCAGAUAUCCUUUUAUUUAUUUUGUUUUUUGAUUUUUAAACAGCCGAGGUCAGGCAAAAGAUGGAAUUGCUUAUGGACCACUUACUGAUUUGCCAGACUGGAGUUAUGCAGGUAAUAAUAUUAAUUUUAAAAAGAAGGCUCUAUAAAGUUCUGAAGAACAGAGCACAAGAGGUGGUUGAGUUUGUUAGGUUUGCACAUUGCUGACCUUAGGCUUCAGCUCGUAGUGCUGCUGCUGCAUUGGAUUGCAGUUUGUAGCAAUCUAGUUUUUCUAAGUUACGUACCAAUGCUUUUAUCAGAAGUGGAAGCCUCUGCAGCACAUUGUUGUAUUGUAUUGUUGGCCUAGGUUUUAGCUUAUAGUUCCAGAGAAGUGGGACUUUGAAAUGGUAACACAAUGGGAGUCAACACUUUUUAAUAUGGUGAUCAUCAAGCAGCCUGGGACCAGGCAAAUCACCAAGCGGGGUUCUCCAAAUUAAUGCCAAAUGAGUGUGGUUGUCCUUUCUUUAGUUGCUCCAGAACAGUGGCAUUCAAUGAUAGUUAAUCAAGUCACCUGCAAAACGGUUAAAGCCUCUAUCUUGAACGCAACCAACCACAGCUUUCCAGGCUCAUAAAUUAUCAGGACUUUCAACGGGCUGAUGAAUCACUUAAAAUGUAAGCUUCUGAGUCUUUGUACAGUGGGAAAUUUGUUUAUCAAUUCAGUUAAUAAAGCCAAAUAUAUGUGUCUCAUCCCCCCCGACACAGCGUGACAGUUGUUUUAGAAACCAACUUCUUCACUCUAGCUUACAUUUUAUAUGACCAAGCUUACAAUGUACCUGUCAACUUAGAACACUAUGUACAAUAUUAUUUUAAGUCAGAACUUUUGUUUAAUGGAUCCUGGGAUUAAUAUGAAAAAGAAACACACACUGAUUUGUAUCAAUAGAUGGGACUCCUGCACCAGAGACUAAGCGACGACGGAUACGACGCUUCAGGAGACUAGAUGUAGCGGUAAGUUACAUACAUGAAAUGGGUGUUUUAUUAAUAGAGUGGAGCUGA